AGAGAGGUCGCGCAGGGCGGGGAAAGAGGCGGCUUGCCUGACGGGGGCCAGACCCGGCGGCAGCGGAGGAAGGAGGACGAGGACGGAGGCAGCGCCGUUCCCGAGCCAAGUUGAAGAUUGGGGAGCUGGUCUCCACCUUGAGCCACAAAGAUGGUGAUAAAUCUUUGCCUCCCGCAAUUCAAGCCAAGAAUUCACUGCAACAAGAUCUCCGCUGACGGAUACGAAGUAGAAAACCUGGUCUCAGAAGACCUUGCCAAACGAAACCGAGGCUUCCGCUGCGAAUACUUCAUCAAGCCCCCGGUCCACGUGACUCUCUCUUUCCCCUUCAACGUAGAAAUCUUCCGGAUUAAUAUAGACGUCUCCUCCGGCGGCUAUCAGAACAUCACUGGGCUGGAUAUUUUCACAUCUACCUCACCCAGCAAAGCCUCUUGGAGCAGUUCGGACUCUCCCUUCUCAGGUCUGGGUGCUCAGCCCCCGUUGGACAAGGAAGCUUUCACGCUGGUGGGCAAAGCGGUGCUGAAGAAUCAAAGCAAAGUGACCUUCAGCCACCGAGGCUUCCGACCGAGGCUUCCAUUCCAUCAGCAGAUGGACACUCUCUUCUCCUUCCCUGGCUCGGCGUCUCUGGACCUGUGGAACAAAGGCCCGAGCUCCCUGAGCUGCGUCUCUCACUUGAAGAUCUGCAUCACCCAUGUGGCUGGUGGCGGUCUCCCUUGCAUCAAGAAAGUGGAGGUUUGGGGCCAGCCGGCCAAAUCCUGCCCCCACGAGGUGGUGGACGACGUGCUGCGGGCCGUGCAAGGCUUCGGAGGGCAGGCUGCCGGCCUCCCGUCGCCAAUGGAGAGCGACCUGGCGCCCUUUGGCAACCCGGACAGCCAGGAGCAGAAGCUGAUGGACGCCAUCCCGGACAUUCCCGAGGAGUUCCUGGACCCGAUCACCCUGGAGGUAAUGACUCUCCCCAUGCUGCUGCCCUCGGGCAAAGUGAUCGAUCAGAGCACGCUGGAGAAGUGCAACCGGAGCGAGGCGUCCUGGGGGAGAGUGCCCAGUGACCCCUUCACGGGGGUGGCCUUCAGCCAGCACUCGCAGCCCCUGCCCCACCCCUCUCUCAAGGCGAGGAUAGACCACUUCCUGCUCCAGCACAGCAUUCCCAGCACUCGCCUCCUGGGGAGGGCUCAGGCCACGGGGACGGUGGUAGCUUCCUCCAUAGCCAUGUCUUCCCUCAAAAGGAAAAUGGACCUCGUAGAGCAGAAGCCGGGCGGCCAACGCAGCAGCACGGAGCCCUUCCGUUUCCCCGCGACAAACCUUGUUGCCACGUCUACCUCUGAGUCCCGUGCUAAAAAAAUGAAAACCGAUUGCGAUGCCAACUCUUCCCAGAUGGACUGCUCGACAGAUCUGCUUUCUCACGAACAGAGGCUUUCGGACAGUUUAGAUAGCGCCUUGAACUCUGCGCUCAGCUCCAUGCCGCUGUUCACAGCUAGCUUGACGAAAGGGCAGCAGCAACCACACACCGGCGUUGGCUUCCCUGGCCCGUGGAACACGAGCAGUGGACACGAGCACAGUAGGAGUGACUCGGCCCAAGGGUGCUCUUCCUGCUCCCGGACCUUCUCCGUGUACUUCAAAACAGAGCCCGUUUACCAGCUCCCUUGCGGCCACCUGGUGUGCCGCUCUUGCUUGGCCGAGAAGCAGAAGUCCUUAUCGAUACUGUGCAUGAGUUGCAAGAGGCUGGUUGCCACACACGACAUCCUGAGGGUCCACUUCUGACACCGUUCUCACGACGCUUUCUCUGGAAUUUGGAUGAUCCAACAAAAAACAAAACAAAAGUGAGCUGUUUGUGGGGGGGGGGCAAGGAGCAGAGGAGACCCGUGGCUGUUCCACACGCUUCCCCCCCAUCUCCUUUGAGUCGUGCCAGGAUGGGAGACCUUGCAAAAGGAAACUGCAAGGUUCUGAAGAGGACUUGCUGCCUUUGGAGAGAAUCUUGAUGCAGCUACAGCGUUGCGCCUUGUGCCAGAGCUAAAGCGAUCAAAGGAUAAUAAAGCCAUAUGCUUCUCUAAUUUAAAAAGGUCAUUUGUAUAUAAAGUGGUGUGUCCAUCUAA